CCAUUUCUCUCCAUUCUUUCUUCUUUCUACGUUUCUUUGUAGUUCUUUUUCUCGUCGCUGAUCGUUUCCCCUCUUAAACCCUAGGGCGAGAUCUCUCUCGAUCUCACUCUCUAGUCUCUUUCUUGGUAGGGUUUCGAUGAACUAAUCGAUCGCCAUGGCGGAGAUGUCGAGCUUGCUUGAGAUCUUCCAGGAGGGGGGAGCCGGCCCCAAGGAUCUCGCCCACAGGCUCCGGUCCGAGUUGGCCAAGCCAGGUCUCGAGAGGUUCCUCGCCGUCCUCGAUGCCGGAAUCGCCGACUCCGGAGGCGGUCGCUUGGGGUUCCAGAGUUGGACGCCCGAUCAGAUCGCGGCCGUCCUUGCUGUCGCCAGGCUGAUCGUCUCGGCUCUGCUCGGCACGUCAGUUGAGCAGGUGAGAUCGGUAGCGUCGGCGAUCGUGGCGAGGUCAUUGGAGCUGGGCAUCAGUUAUUUGGAGAGAUCGCAGUAUGAUGGCGAUGAUCUAAGCUUGGAGGAUGGCUUUGCCUUGUUGUUGGAGUUAAUGUUGGGUGGCAGAAUUUCUACAGAAUAUGAUAUUCAACAUCAUGGUCUAUUAAGCACUUAUCUUGAGCAGAUAUCAGUUAUCCCAUUCAGACCAUGUACUGUGGACUACGACAUCCAGCCUAUAUGCCAUCAGCAAGAUUUUGAUUGCUUGAAGGACAGACAACUAGUGGAGAAUAUCAUGGUAACUUUAUCUUCGGAGUCUGUCCAACUAGAAUCUGUUGCUACUCAGUUUACUGUAUCAGUAGACCCACAAACUUCAAACAGGAAUAUAUCUGUAGCAUUGCACUCAGCUGUCAUUGACUCGAAAUGUUUGCCUCGCCUCCUUAUGCUAUGUAAAAGGCUGCUAGAUCCACCACUUUCCUUGUGUGAACAGAAGAACGAUAUGAAUUUUACCUUGAGACUGUCUUUUAGUCGACGAAUAUUGAAGUUUCUUUGGGAUCUUGUCAAGGAGGUUCCUUAUGGUGCAUGUGAUGUUGAUUUGUUGCAUUCUGUCACAAGAUAUGCUGACAAACUACCAACCUUGUUCAAAUUAAAGUUUGAUUUUCUCAAUGGCAAUUUGGGUUAUAAAGAGAGCAAAUAUGGGGGCCUUCUGUUGGAGAUGUUUGAAGAGUUUCUUCAGUUUGGUAAAAUUGUCUUCUAUGACAGUAGCAUCUUUCGCAAUAUCCAAGCAUGUAUGAUUGCUUCCAUGAUGGGCAUUUUGGGCUCUGAAGUCUGGAGGUAUGAUAGAUCAAGCUCUUCUCCAAGCCCACCACUAGUUUACUCUCCACAAGUUGUUCUUUGUCUGUUGAAAUUCCUCAACGAUGCUAAGAGCUGGGCAUCUCCAACUCAUGACUUGAAGAUAAAUUUGGAUGUAGGUUUCACUGACCAUUCAUGUGAAUCUGAGGCUAGUGGUCCUUCAUGCCAUGUUCGUGAUGAGAAGAUUCUUUUGCUUAGAAGGCAUACGUUUGAGGAACUUUUGAACAUAAUAUUUCCACAGUCAGAAAAAUGGAUGGAUAACUUAGUGCAUCUUAUGUCUUUCCUCCAUUCUGAAGGCGUAAAAUCAACUCUCAUUGAAAAAUCAUGUUUGAGUUCCACAAAGCCAGUUGUUGCUUCAGAUUUGGAAAUUGUAACUACUCAUGAAGAAGAAGCCAUCUUUGGGAACCUCUUCUCUGAACCUACCAAGCCUGUUGGUUCAGCAGAUGGUCAUGAUCAACCAACAGCUGCAGUUACCAGUACAGUCAAUUCUGAUCUGUCUUUACAAGCAGUAUCUGAGUUGUUGAGCUUUAUGAAAGUGUGUAUUUUUUCUCCAGAAUGGUGUUGCUCAGUGUUUGAGGAUGCGUGCAGAAAGGUUGAUAAAAAUCAUAUAGAUCAGCUACUUUCACUACUAGAUUGCUACUCAUAUUUGUCUGAUGGAAGGAAUGAAAACUCGCCCGUGUUGGGUUCUCAUUUGAAUGUACCAUAUGUAAGUGGAAUAUGCUUUGAACUUCUGCAAAAUCUUGUAGUUUGUCAUGCUUUAUCAGGUCCUCUUAAGGAACACCUAGUUGACCAAGUUCUGAAGGUUGAAGAUGGUAACUAUGUCUAUGGUCAACAUAGCCUUACUCUGUUAGCUCAUGCUCUUAUUCUGCGGGAGGAUUUGGAUCAUGGUCAUAUAAUAAAGAAGAUCUACGAGGGAUAUGUUAAUUUCAUUUUACAGAAGGCAAGGGAUGUCUGCUGCAAAUGCCCCGAGUCCAGUGAUAUCCUUGGGAGUUUACCAUCUGCUUUCCACUUGGAAAUUGUAUUGAUGGCUUUCCAUCUGUCAAAUGAUUCUGAAAAAGCUUCUCUGGCAAGUUUUCUUUUUAGUUCACUCAGAAAAGUAGAUUCACCUCCAUCGGGUUGCAGUGUAAAGCAUUUAUCUUGGUGGGGUUUAAUAGUUUCGAGGCUCCUUUUAAUAUUGUGCCACAUAAUAUUGUAUCCAUCUACUUGCCCGUCGUGGUUGCUAUUCAGGUUGAGAUCUAGGAUGAGGGAAAUCCCAUCAAAGGCAUGCCAUUCCAAUUCACCAAGUAACCACCUCUCGACUUGGGCAUCAACUACUGUGGAGAGUCUGCUUGGUAAUUCCAUUAAUGGGGUUCCAACAGUCAGCUCGUUGCUGCCUCAGCUGAUUGAUGUUGCCAACCUUCCUGCUGCAUACUAUAGAGAUGAGACCACCCAACAGCUGUUAGGCUUGAACUGGACUGAGUUGAUUUCUAAAUUUUCAUGGAUUCUUAAUUUUUGGAGUGGUAAGAAGGUGGAAUCAGUAGACCAGUUGAUACUUGAACGGUAUAUCUUUUCACUCUGCUGGGGUGCAGUCUCAACAAAAUUACUGGGUCCAAGUAAUACAUGGCUUCAAGGGCACAAUUGGAAGGAUCUUAACAUAUUAGAUGUUAAGUCCUUCUUGAACUUUGGUCUCAUUUUGGUGAAUGAAAGUGCUGAUAUUUGGAAGGAUGUUGAUUUUUCGGAGAUCAUCUGUGAUAUUCUUGAUCAGAUAUGCUCUGAGCAGUUACUAGAUGUUUCAUCAUUGCAAAAUUGGGAUUUUCUCAGGAAAGGUGCAUGGAUUUCUCUUGUGCUUUCUCUUCUUAAUGCUGGUCUUAUGAGUUAUUCCAUGGGAAAUGUAGCUUGUAGAGAUGAUCGUCUAUCAAUUCAUCACUCUGGAUCAAGUGGGUUAUCUUAUAUUGGGGAAAGCAUAAUUCUUCAAAUUUUUCAAGGCAGCAAAGCUGCAUGGCUUAUAAAUGCACUGGCAUCUAUUCUAAAGAUGUACUUGCAAAUUCUUGAUAGAGCUAUCAUAUGCACCCUUGAUCAUAAACAUUUUUCUGAAGAUGUGUUCUCUCCACUUUUAUUAGCUAAACACUCUUGUUUUGAGAAAUCCAAGCAUGAUAUUCUUUUGGAGAAGAGUGGUUGCAGUCUUUUGCACUUGGAAUCUAUAUAUGGACUCUUGGCAAAACUGGAUGAAAUUGCAGAGGAAGUAGACACUGGAAGCAUAAAGGGUAAUAUUAUGAGGUGCUUACUGCAUGGUUUUCCAUCAAAUUCAGAUUAUUCUGAUGGUGCUAUUCUUUCUUGUGUUCUUACUAUAAAAGAGAUCAUAUGCUUUUUGGAUGAGUAUCUCAAAGUCAAAGAUACAGGAGGAAGAGUUCAAAUAGGUUCUGAGAUUAUUUGUCAGCUUCUGGAGACAAUAAUGGCCGUAAAAUCUGAUAGAAUAUUCCAGUGCAUCCAUGAAAAAUGUGAUUCUAUUUGUGAUAGUCUAAUUGGUCAGAAGGAAUUUCUAGGCUAUCAAGAUUUAUUUGUUCUGAAGCAGUUGGAAGGUUUUCUGGCAAGCAUUAAUUCCAGAGAGGUGUUGGGCAGUGGACUGCAAGAAAUGCUCAUUGACAUUUUUGUUGAUUUUAUUGAUGGUAUCAGAAGAGACAACUCCAAGAAACAACUCUUUGACUUUUACUUGGGCUCUGAUGAAGAUGUCCCUGUAAAAGCUAAGGAUCUCUUCAAUCAGCAGCAUAGCAAUUUGUUGGUUCUCAUCAAUUCAUUGGAUAACUGUCACACUGAGACAGUUAAUUUGAAGGUUUUGAACCUAUUUAUUGAUCUUUUGUCUUGUGGGCUUUGCUCUAGUCUCAAACAGCAAAUCCGGAAGAAAUUGAUUGACAUGGACUUGUUAAACCUGUCACAUUGGUUAGAGAAAAGGCUCCUAGGAAUGCUGACAGAAUCUACUGCUGGUUGUAUGAUUGCAAAAGGAAGUUCCUCUAUACUCAGAGAGUCAACUAUGAACUUUCUUAUACGUCUUGUAUCUCAGCCAUGUGAAAUAUUGGCUAGGGAACUUUAUGGUCGACUUGUUGAAGCUCUUCUUAUCCCACUUGAUAAAGCAUUUAUGUUUUUUGAUGUUCAGAUUGGUAAAGCUUACUUCAACUUUGUAAUUCAGCUUUCGAAUGCUGAACCCUCCUUAAUGAAUCAACUCUUUGAGAAGACCAUCAUGUUAAUGGAGAAAUUGGUGGGUGAAGAGGGCUUACUUCAUGGAUUAAAGUUCCUCUUUGGCUUCAUCAAUGCUCUAUUGGGGGACUCUGGAUCCGACAAAAGUAACACAGAUAAGCUUUCAUCAAAACGGUGCUCGAGCAGUACUCUUGGUCCUGGAUCUGUAGCUUCAAAGACAGUGAAUUCAAGAAAAAAUUCAGAGAAUUUGGUUCUUCCUACCAAUCAAGAAAAUAGUACUGCAUCAAUUGACUGUGAUGCAACUUCGGCAGAUGAAGAUGAUGAUGAUGGCACAUCAGAUGGUGAAUUUGGCAGUAUAGACAAGGAUGAGGAAGAGGACAAUAAUAGUGAAAGAGCUUUGGCCUCCAAAGUAUGCACAUUCACUUCCAGUGGUAGUAACUUCAUGGAACAACAUUGGUACUUUUGUUAUACUUGUGAUCUAACUGUUUCCAAGGGCUGUUGUUCGAUAUGUGCGAAAGUGUGUCACCGUGGCCAUCGUGUUGUCUAUUCUCGAUCGAGUCGGUUUUUCUGUGAUUGUGGUGCAGGCGGUGUCAGGGGAAGCAGUUGCCAGUGUUUGAAGCCACGGAAAUUCACUGGAGACAACAAUGUACCACCUCAUAGUGUUAGUAAUCUCCAGGCAUUGUUGCCUUAUCCUGCAGAUGGUGAUCAGGGAGCAGAUAGUGAUUCUGAUUUGGAUGAUGAUGUUUUUGUGGAUACUGAUAAUUCCUUUAUGUUGUCAGUUUCCAAAAAUGUGCUAGAUGAAUUACCUGUACUACUUGGUAGACUUGAUGUAGAAGGUAGGCUUCUUGAAUUAUGCGAUAAACUUCUUCCUACUGUAACCAGCCGGAGAGAAUUAAACCUUUCAAAAGAUAAGAAGGUAAUUCUUGGUGAUAGUAAGGUGCUGUCUUAUAAUAUUGAUCUUUUUCAUCUGAAGAAGGCUUACAAAAGUGGGUCUCUAGAGCUUAAGACAAAGGCAGAUUAUCCAAACUCCAGGGAGCUCAAAGCACAUCUAGCUUCUGGUUCCCUUACGAAGUCACUAUUUAGUGUCAGCACCCGAGGUAGGCUUGCUGCUGGAGAAGGAGAUAGAGUGGUCAUAUAUGAUGUUGGACAACUAAUUGGACAGCCUACAGUUGCACCUGUAAUUGCAGACAAGACAAAUCUGAAGUCACUAUCUAAGAACAUAGUUCGUUUUGAAAUAGUUCAUUUGAUUUUCAAUCCUAUAGCUGAUACUUAUCUGGCUGUAGCUGGAUUUGAGGACUGCCAAGUGCUUACUGUAAAUCCUCGUGGUGAGGUUACUGAUCGGCUUGCCAUAGAACUUGCUUUACAAGGUGCUUAUAUUCGUCGAGUGGAUUGGGUUCCUGGUUCUCAGGUUCAGCUAAUGGUAGUCACAAACAUGUUUGUGAAGAUAUAUGACCUAUCACAAGAUAACAUAAGUCCCAAGCACUACUUCACACUUUCUAAUGAUGUGAUUGUGGAUGCUACACUUGUCCCAGCCUCCAUGGGUAAAGCAUUUCUGCUUGUUUUGUCAGAAGCUGGCCACUUAUUUAGACUAGAAGUGUCGAUGGAGGGUGAUGUUGGGGCAAAAAUGUUGACAGACAUUAUAAGGGUUCAGGACAAGGAAAUUCAGGUAAAAGGUCUCUCAUUGCAUUUCUCUUCGACUUACAGAUUGCUAUUCUUGUCCUACCAAGAUGGCACUACCUUGAUGGGAAGAUUGGACUCUAAUGCAACUAGUCUAACUGAGUUAUCACAUGUUUUUGAAAAUGAUCAAGAGAGUAAAGUUAGGCCCGCUGGGCUGCAUCACUGGAAAGAAUUAUUUGCUGGUAGUGGACUUUUUGUUUGUCUGUCAAGUCAUAAAUCAAAUGGUGCAUUAGCAGUAUCUUUGGGUCCCAAUGAAAUGUUUGCACAGAACAUGAAAUAUGGUGCUGGCUUAUCUUUGCCUUUGGUCGGUGUUUCUGCCUAUAAGCCUUUGUCAAAAGAUAAAACUCAUUGUCUUGUUUUACAAGAUGAUGGCAGCCUUCAGAUUUACUCUCAUGUGCCCACAGGAGUUGAUACAGUAGCCAACGUGAGUUCAGAACAAACAAAAAAGCUGGGAUCCAGCAUCCUUAACAACAAAGCUUAUGCUGGUGUGAACCCAGAUUUUCCUCUUGAUUUUUUUGAGAAGACUAUGUGCAUCACAGGAGAUGUGAAAUUUAACAGUGAUGCUAUCAAAAAUGGUGAUUCUGAAGGUAUUAGGCAAAGACUGGCAUCAGAUGAUGGAUUUUUGGAGAGCCCGAGUUCUGCAGGAUUUAAGGUGACUGUAUCGAAUUCAAAUCCUGAUAUUGUUAUGGUAGGCUGUCGUGUACAAGUUGGUAAUACAUCAGCAAGUCAUAUUCCUUCUGAGGUAACAAUUUUCCAAAGAAUAAUUAAGCUUGAUGAGGGCAUGCGGUCCUGGUACGACAUUCCUUUCACAGUUGCUGAAUCCCUUCUCGCUGAUGAAGAGUUCACAAUCACUGUUGGUAGAACUUUUGAUGGUUCAACCAUGCCUAGAAUAGAUUCUUUGGAAGUUUAUGGUCGAGCUAAGGAUGAAUUUGGUUGGAAAGAAAAAAUGGAUGCUGUGCUGGAUAUGGAAGUGCAUGAUGUUGGUGGUGCUUCCGGUGCUUCAGGGGCUGGGAAAAAACGGCGGACAUCACAAUCCGCUCCUAUUCAGGAACAAGUUUUGGCUGAUGCUAUCAAACUUCUGUCAAAAAUUUAUUCUUUUUUCAGGUCACAGAAAUCUACUGAGACUGAGGAUGCAGAUGUUGAGCUUAGUAAGCUUAAAUGCAGGAUUUUACUGGAAACCAUAUUUCAGAGUGACCGAGAACCAUUGUUACAGUCUGCAGCAUGCUGUAUUCUUCAGGCUGUGUUUCCGAAGAAGGAAAUUUACUAUCAGGUGAAAGACACUAUGCGCCUCCUGGGAGCAGUGAGAUCUUUCCCUACUCUUAUAUCAAGAAUAGGUGUAGGAGGUCCUGCAGCUGCUUGGGUGAUCAAAGAGUUUACUUCACAGAUGCAUGCAGUGUCAAAAAUUGCACUACAUCGAAGAUCCAACAUGGCUAUAUUCCUUGAGACUCAUGGUUCAGAGGUGGUUGAUGGAUUGAUUCAAGUUCUGUGGGCAAUUCUGGACUUGGAACGGCCAGAAACACAUACGAUAAACAGCAUCAUAAUUCCUUCAGUGGAACUUAUAUACAGCUAUGCUGAAUGCCUGGCUUUGCAAGGAAAUCAAACUCACUCUGUUGCACCUGCUGUUGGAUUACUCAAGAAACUUCUUUUUGCACCUUAUGAGGCUGUCCAGACAUCGAGCAGUUUGGCUAUAUCAUCUCGGUUGCUUCAAGUUCCUUUUCCAAAGCAGACAAUGUUAGCUUCUGAUGAUCCUGCAGAAAAUCCUGUUACAACAAAGGUCUCUUCAGAUGUGAAUACGGCAAGUGGGAAUGCCCAAGUUAUGAUCGAAGAAGAUUCUACUAUAUCAUCGGUACAAUAUUGUUGUGAUGGUUGUUCAACUGUUCCUAUACUUAGGCGCAGAUGGCAUUGCAAUGUUUGCCCAGAUUUUGAUUUGUGUGAAGCAUGCUAUGAAGUUCUAGAUGCAGAUCAGCUCCCUCCACCACAUUCUCGAGACCACCCAAUGUCAGCUAUACCCAUUGAUAUUGACUCUAUUGCCGGUGAUGGUAAUGAAAUUCAUUUCUCAAUGGAUGAGUUGAGUGAUGCAAGCUUGACACCGGUUGCAACUGAGAUAAGCACGCAGAACCCAUCUUCAUCGAUUCAUGUAUUGGACACCAAUGAGAGUGGAGACUUUGCUGGCUCUUUGUCUGACCACACAAUAGUUUCUAUUUCUGCGACGCAGCGUGCUUUGAACUCUCUGCUACUUCGUCACUUGAUUGUAGAGCUCAAGGGUUGGAUGGAGACAACAUCUGGUUUUCGAGCUAUUCCUGUUAUGCAGCUUUUUUAUAGACUAUCAUCUGCAGUAGGUGGGCCUUUUAUGGAUAGUUCUAAACCUGAAAACUUAGACUUGGAAAAUUUUGUGAAAUGGUUACUUGACGAGAUUAACCUCAACAAACCAUUUGCAGCUAAAACACGUUCUUCUUUUGGUGAGGUUGCCAUCCUUGUCUUCAUGUUCUUUACUCUGAUGCUUCGGAAUUGGCACCAGCCUGGGAGUGACAGUUCUCAGUCGAAACCAAGUGGUAAUGCAGAUUUACAAGAUAAAGGUUUUGUCGUCCCGAUGCCAUUAUCAUCUUCUACUGCUUCAUCCUCGAAUGAUGAUACAGAGAGGAGUGAAUUUACCAUGCAACUUAUUCGAGCUUGUUCAUUUCUUCGACAACAGUCUUUUUUGAAUUAUUUGAUGGACAUACUGCAGCAGCUUGUUAACAUAUUCAAGUCAUCAUCAGUAAAUAUUGAAAGUGGUCUAUCAGCUGGUUCUGGUUGUGGUUCUCUUUUGACUAUCCGGAGAGAGCUACCUGCUGGAAAUUUCACUCCUUUCUUUUCAGAUUCUUAUGCUAAAUCCCACUGCACUGAUAUGUUCAUGGACUACCACAAGUUGUUGCUUGAGAACACUUUUAGGCUGGUGUAUAGUUUAGUACGUCCAGAAAAGCAAGAGAAGUCGGCAGAAAAGGAGAAAACAUACAAGACAAAUGCUGGCAAGGACUUGAAGCUGGAUGGGUUUCAGGAUGUCCUCUGCAGCUAUAUCAGUAAUCCACAUACAACAUUUGUCCGAAGAUAUGCUAGAAGGCUAUUACUUCAUUUAUGUGGCAGCAAAACUCAAUAUUAUAACAUAAGAGAUUCAUGGCAGUUCUCAAAUGAAGUGAAGAGGUUGCAUAAACUAAUUAAUAAAUCUGAUGGUUUUGAAAAUCCAGUUCCAUAUGAGAGAAAUGUUAAGCUUGUCAAGUGCUUGUCUGCUAUGUCUGAAGUGGCUGCAGCAAGACCCAAGAAUUGGCAGAAGUACUGUUCAAAACACUUGGAACUUCUUCCCUUUCUGUUGAAUCGAGUAUUUAACUUUGGUGAAGAAUCUGUUAUCCAAACUCUUAAGCUUUUGAACUUGGCCUUUUACACUGGAAAGGAUAUGGGCCAUGGUUUACAGAGAACAGGGGCAGAUGCAUCAGCUUCAUCUACUCGAUUGCAAUCUUCAGAUUCAAAAAAGAAGAGAAAAGGUGAGGAUACAGCAGAAAAUGGUUCUGAAAAGACUUGUCUAGACAUGGAACAAGCUGUUGAAAUCUUCAGUACCAAGGAUGGUCAUCUUCUGAGGAAAUUUAUUGAUUCCUUCCUACUGGAAUGGAAUUCAUCAAGUGUUCGUCAUGAAGCUAAGAAUGUGCUAUAUGGACUUUGGCAUCAUGGUAAACAAUCAUUUCAGGAGGGAUUGCUAACCGCCCUUUUAGAGAAAUUAAAACAAUUGCCUUUAUAUGGCCAGAACAUUUUGGAGUACACUGAACUAAUGGCAUGGCUGCUGGGAAAAAUGCCUGAUAGCAGCAUCAAGCAGUAUGAGACUGAACUUGUGAACCGAUGCUUGACAUCUGAUGUCAUAAGUUGCAUAUUUGAGACUCUUCAAUCUCAAAAUGAGCUUUUGGCAAACCAUCCAAAUUCUCGGAUCUAUAGCACUCUAAGUAGCUUGGUAGAAUUUGAUGGUUACUAUCUCGAAAGUGAGCCAUGUGUAACCUGUAGCUGUCCAGAGGUGCCAUACAGCAGGAUGAAGCUUGAAAGCUUGAAAUCUGAGUCAAAGUUUACUGACAACCGCAUAAUAGUGAAAUGCACUGGAAGCUAUACGAUUCAGUCAGUUACAAUGAAUGUUCAUGAUUCUCGUAAGUCAAAGUCGGUUAAAAUUCUGAACUUGUACUACAACAACAGACCUGUAUCUGAUCUGUCAGAACUGAAGAAUAAUUGGUCUCUGUGGAAGCGCGCAAAAAGCUGCCAUCUUGCUUUUAACCAAACAGAAUUAAAAGUUGAAUUUCCCAUUCCAAUUACUGCUUGCAAUUUCAUGAUCGAGUUGGAUUCCUUUUAUGAAAAUCUGCAAGCUUCUUCCCUUGAGUCAUUGCAAUGCCCCAGGUGUAGCCGGGCCGUAACUGAUAAGCAUGGAAUCUGUAGCAAUUGCCAUGAAAAUGCAUAUCAGUGCAGACAAUGCCGGAAUAUUAAUUAUGAAAAUUUGGAUUCUUUUCUUUGCAAUGAGUGUGGAUACAGUAAAUAUGGCCGUUUUGAGUUCAAUUUCAUGGCAAAGCCUAGUUUUUCAUUUGACAACAUGGAAAACGAUGAGGACAUGAGAAAAGGAUUGGCAGCUAUUGAGUCAGAAUCGGAGAAUGCCCAUAGGCGAUACCAGCAGCUUUUGGGGUUCAAGAAGCCUCUGCUUAAACUGGUAUCGAGCAUAGGUGAAAAUGAACUUGAUUCACAGCAGAAGGAUAGUGUCCAACAAAUGAUGGUGUCUUUGCCUGGACCAUCAUGUAAAGUAAAUCGGAAAAUUGCCCUUCUAGGUGUUUUGUAUGGUGAGAAAUGCAAAGCAGCUUUUGAUUCUGUCAGUAAAAGCGUCCAGACUUUGCAGGGACUUCGACGGGUAGUGAUGACAUAUCUACAACAGAAGAAUUCUGAUGAUGCCAUGGAUUCAUCAAGAUUUGCAGUUCCAAGAUCACCCAAUAAUUGUUAUGGCUGUGCAAUUACAUUUGUUACUCAGUGUCUGGAGUUAUUGCAAGUACUGUCAAAGAAUGCAAAAUGCAAAAAGCAACUUGUUGCUGCUGGCAUCUUAUCAGAGUUGUUCGAAAACAACAUUCAUCAGGGCCCUAAAACAGCUCGUGUUCAGGCUAGGACUGUUCUUUGUGCUUUGUCUGAAGGUGAUGCAGAUGCAGUCUCUGAGUUGAACACUUUGAUAAAGAACAAAGUGAUUUAUUGUUUGGAACACCACCGUUCCAUUGAUGUUGCACUGGCCACACGUGAAGAACUACUGCUUCUUUCUGAGACCUGUGCUCUUGUAGAUGAGUUCUGGGAAGCAAGACUUCGUGUUGCUUUCCAGCUUUUAUUCUCUUCCAUCAAAUUGGGUGCAAAACAUCCAGCCAUUUCAGAGCACAUAAUCCUUCCUUGCUUGAGGAUAAUUUCGCAGGCAUGUACUCCACCCAGAUCUGAUGCUGCAGAUAAAGAACAAGGGACAGGAAAAUCUAGUAUUUUGCAAUCAAAGAAUGACCAUAGUGCAAAGCCAUCUGCAUCUCCAAACAGCCUUCCUACUGCUAGUAAACCAUCGGAAUUCAUGGAAAAACAUUGGGAUGGUGGCCGAAAGGGUCAGGAUAUACCAUUGUUGAGCUACUCAGAGUGGGAAAGGGGUGCAUCAUAUCUUGAUUUUGUCAGGAGACAGUACAAGGUAUCACAGACAUUCAAAAGUACCGCACAGAGAAUUCGCCAGGAUCCACAGAAAAAUGAUUAUCUGGCUCUAAAAUAUGCUCUUAAAUGGAAACGCCGUGCUUGUAGAGGAGCAACUAGAAGUGACAUCUCUUCAUUUGCUCUGGGAUCUUGGGUCUCAGAGUUGAUUCUAAGUGCUUGUUCACAGUCUAUAAGGUCUGAAGUGUGCACCCUUGUUAGUUUACUGUGCCCUCAAAAUUCCUCUAGAAGUUUCCAGUUAUUAAAUCUACUCAUGUCAUUGCUUCCGGCUACUCUCUCUGUUGGUGAAAGUGCUGCAGAAUAUUUUGAACUCUUCUUUAAGAUGAUUGAUUCUGAGGCUGCACGCCUAUACUUAACCGUGAAGGGAUGCCUGACUACCGAAUGCAGAUUAAUAACUCGGGAAGUCCAUAAUAUUGAGUCUCAGGAAAGGAGCUUAAGCAUUGAUGUAUCACAGGGAUUCAUACUUCAUAAGCUUGUUGAGCUUCUUGCCAAGUUUCUUGAGGUACCAAAUAUUCGAGUAAGAUUUAUGCAAGAUGAGUUGGUAUCUGAAAUGCUGGAAGCUCUUUUUGUCAUACGAGGUCUGAUAGUGCAAAAGACAAAACUAAUUAGUGACUGUAAUCGCCUCCUGAGAGAGCUUCUAGAUGGUCUUCUGCUAGAGAGCACUGAAAACAAAUGGAAGUUCAUACGCGCUUGUAUAUCAGGUCUACAGAAUCAUGGAAGGGAACGGAAGUGUCGGACUUUGCUGUUUAUAUUGGAGCAACUCUGCAAUAUGAUAUGUCCAUCAAAGCCAGAGCCUGUGUAUCUUCUGAUUCUCAACAAAGCUCACACUCAAGAAGAGUUCAUCAGGGGGUCUAUGACAAAGAAUCCUUAUUCCAGUACUGAGAUUGGUCCACUCAUGCGAGAUGUCAAAAAUAAAAUCUGUCACCAGCUGGACUUAUUAAGUUUAUUAGAAGACGAUUAUGGCAUGGAAUUACUGGUUGCUGGUAAUAUAAUUUCUCUUGAUUUAAGCAUCUCUCAAGUGUAUGAGCAGGUGUGGAAAAAAUAUUACAACCAAACGCAGAAUUCAUUGUCAAGUACAGUUGCACCAUCUUCUGCUGGAUUAGCAUCAACAAGAGAUUGUCCUCCAAUGACAGUUACAUACAGGCUGCAGGGACUAGAUGGUGAAGCUACUGAACCAAUGAUCAAAGAACUGGAAGAGGAAAGGGAAGAAUCACAAGAUCCUGAAGUUGAGUUUGCGAUAGCAGGAGCUGUCCGGGAAUGCGGAGGUCUUGAGAUUAUUCUAAGCAUGAUCCAGCGAUUGCGUGACGAUGAGUUGAAAUCAAAUCAAGAAGAGUUAGGCUUGACACUCAACCUUCUCAUGUAUUGCUGCAAGAUAAGAGAGAAUCGGCGAGCCUUAUUACAAUUAGGGGCUCUAGGUUUGCUGCUCGAGACAGCAAGACGUGCGUUCUCUGUUGAUGCCUUUGAGCCAGCUGAAGGCAUCCUUCUGAUUGUAGAGAGCUUGACAAUGGAAGCUAAUGAGAGUGACAUUGGCAUUAACCAAAGUGUAUUUACUGUUACUAAUGAAAAGAGUGGUGCUGGUGAGCAAGCCAAGAAAAUCAUUCUCAUGUUUCUGGAAAGAUUAUGCCAUCCUUUGGGCACCAAAAAAUCAACCAAGCAGCAGCGGAAUGAUGAAAUGGUGGCAAGGAUCUUGCCAUACUUGACCUAUGGGGAACCAGCUGCUAUGGAAGCUCUAAUCCAACAUUUUGACCCUUACUUGCAAAACUGGAGUGAUUUCGAUCAUUUGCAAAAACAAUACCAGGAUAAUCCAAAGGAUGAGAGUUUGGCUCAUCAAGCAGCUAAGCAAAGAUCUGCCUUAGAAAACUUUGUGCGGGUGUCGGAGUCACUUAAGACGAGUUCCUGUGGCGAGAGGAUAAAGGACAUUAUACUUGACAAGGGAAUUAUUGGCCUUGCUGUUAAGCACCUAAGAGAAAGCUUUGCAGUUGCCGGCCAGGCUGGGUUCAGGUCAAGUGCAGAAUGGGCAUCUGGUUUGAAAUUGCCAUCAAUUCCGUUGAUCUUGUCUAUGCUGAGGGGCCUGUCGAAGGGCCAUUUGGCUACACAGAGUUGCAUUGAUGAGGAAGGAAUUCUACCACUAUUGCAUGCUUUGGAAGGCGUUCCUGGUGAAAAUGAAAUUGGUGCAAGAGCUGAGAAUUUGUUGGACACACUGGCUGACAAAGAGAAUCAUGGUGAUGGCUUCUUAGGGGAAAAGAUACACAAGUUGAGACAUGCUACUAGGGAUGAAAUGCGUCGACGAGCUCUGAGGAAAAGAGAACAGUUACUUAAGGCGCUGGGAAUGCAUCAAGAAUUUGCGAUGGAUGGGGCUGAACGUAUUGUUGUUUCCCAGCCGGUGAUUGAAGGAUUAGAAGAUGUGGAAGAAGAGGAUGGGCUGGCUUGCAUGGUAUGUCGGGAGGGCUAUACACUGAGGCCUAACGAUAUGCUGGGUGUCUAUUCUUACAGCAAGAGGGUGAACCUGGGUGCAACAAGUUCAGCCAGUGCACGUGGGGACUAUGUAUAUACGACUGUCAGUCAUUUUAAUGUCAUCCAUUUUCAGUGCCAUCAGGAGGCGAAACGUGCUGAUGCUGCGCUUAAAAAUCCCAAAAAAGAAUGGGAAGGUGCUACAUUGAGAAACAAUGAGACCUUAUGUAAUUGCAUCUUCCCUCUCAGGGGACCAUCCGUACCUCUUGCACAGUAUGUCCGUUGUGUCGAUCAGUACUGGGACAACCUCAAUGCCCUUGGACGAGCAGAUGGUAGUCGGCUACGGCUGCUUACGUACGACAUUGUUCUGAUGUUGGCUCGAUUUGCAACUGGUGCCGCAUUCAACAAAGACUGCAAAGGUGGAGGCAAGGAAAGCAACUCGCGCUUUCUUCCAUUUAUGAUCCAGAUGGCCUCCUACCUAGUAGACCAAGGAAGCCCCAAUCAACAGAGACAAGCAAUGGCUAAAUCAGUUGCUGCAUAUCUAUCUAAUGUCUCCUCUACCUCGGAUCUUUCCAGAUCUUCACCCCCUCUUUCUGGAUCUCGCUCUUCUUCUGGACCCUCGGAUGAGACAGUCCAGUUUAUGAUGGUUAACUCCCUGCUGUCUGAGUCAUAUGAGGAUUGGUUGCAGCAUCGUCGUGCUUUCUUACAGAGGGGAAUGUACUAUGCCUAUAUGCAGCACAAACAUGGCCGUUCCACUCUUAGGUUCUCUGAUUCAGCUUCCAGGGUUAAAAGAUCUGAUGAAGGUUCCUCGAUGGAUUUGAACGAUAGUAAGAAACUAUUCUCAAUUGUCCAGCCAAUGCUUAUAUAUACCGGCUUGAUCGAGCAGCUGCAGCAGUUCUUUAAACUCAGUAAGCGAAGCACAGCUAUCUCCAGUGAGCCAGCGGAAGGCGACAGCACAACCACGAGUGGUCUGGAAAGGUGGGAGAUUAUCAUGAAUGAGAGAAUGGUGAACAUGAAGGAAAUGUUGAGAUUCUCCGAGGACCUGCUCUCCUGGCUUGAGGACAUGACGACAGCCACCGAUUUACAGGAAGCUUUUGAUGUGAUGGGGGCACUCAGAGAUGCCCUCUCGGGAGGAGUCUCUCUAUGCGAGGAUUUUGUUCAUGCCGCAAUACUUUCUGGUAAGAGCUGAAAGGUUAGCCGGUUCUGGAGAACGAAUGGAUUCCAAAAUUUGGUCUGUGAAAUGUUGUGCUGUUUAUUGUACACGAUUGCACCCUUUUACAAGGUGCAGUGGUUAAAAUUUUACAUGUUCUCAGUAUGUAACCUUAUCCAGGGUAGUGUAACUGUAAAUUUUUGGUACAGGUCUCUCGAAUUGUCUGGAGGCUUAGAAUGAAACCAUGCAUAUAAAAGAAGGUUUAAAAAAAAAAAAAAAGGUUGAAUUUUGUUA